AUGAAUUAUGCAGAAGAAUCAGGAAGGGGGAACCUCACCACAGUGACUGAAUUCAUUCUACUAGGAUUGUCCGACCACCAUGACCUUCAGGUGCCUCUGUUCUCCAUCUAUCUGUCCAUUUAUACCAUUACACUGAUGGGGAACAUCCUCAUCAUCCUCAUCACCAUGGACCCAGCCCUUCACACCCCCAUGUAUUUCUUUCUCCGGAUCUUAUCCUUCCUGGAGAUCUGCUAUACCUCAGUCACUGUCCCCAAGAUGCUGGUGAACUUCCUCUCAGACAACAGGGGCAUUUCCUACACUGGCUGUGUUGCGCAAAUGUACUUCCUUCUCUUCCUUGGAAUCUCUGAGUGCUUCCUUCUGGCUGCAAUGGCAUACGACCGCUAUGUGGCCAUAUGCAACCCACUGAGGUACAGGCUCAUCAUGAACAGGAGAGUUUGCCUUUUCUUGACAGUUCUCUCUUGGUUCUGGGGUAAUGUGGUGUCCCUAGUACAGACAGCCUGGGUUUUCACCUUGCCAUUUUGUGGGUCCAAUCAGAUUAACUAUUUCUUCUGUGAUAUUCCCCCAUUGAUUAAGCUUUCUUGUAUUGAUAUCCCUCUGUAUGAAAUGCAGUUGUUUACAGCAGCUAUACUAGUCAUCUUCACUCCAUUUUCUCUCAUCGUUGUGUCCUACACCUUUAUUAUCUCCACCAUCUUAAAGAUGGCAUCAGCUGAAGGCAGACACAAAGCCUUCUCCACCUGUUCCUCACACCUCAUUGUGGUGACAUUGUAUUACGGGAGCUGUGGCCUGAUCUAUUUAAGACCUAAAUCUAUUCAUUUACUAGACACUAACAAAGUGCUGGCUCUGAUAUAUACAACCAUCACCCCGACCUUGAACCCCUUUAUCUACAGCCUGAGGAACAAGGAGGUGAAAGAGGCUCUGAGGAGAUUGCUGGGGGACAGGAUGAAGAGAAAAAAUAUUUUCUCGUAG